AUGGAGAAUUAGGAAUACUCUGAUUAUUUUGAGAGAUAAAAAUUUGAAGAAAAAACAUCGCCCUUUGAUGACCAUUUGCUAGAACUUUCAGACUAGCAACUUCAUGAUAUUUAUGUCUUUUGUAAGGCUGUAGAGCAAUUGCCUAUGCUUUAGCUUUAAUCAAUAAUACUUAGACAUUCUUAAAAGUUUAUGGUAUAAGUAUAAAAAAAGAAAGAGAUCAAUGAUACUCAAAAGUAACGCUUGGCUGAAGAUGAGAAUCCUCUUGAGGAUGGAGAUGACUAAGUAAGAAAUAGUAAACUAAACAUAGAAAUAUAAAGAGACUCAAAGUUAAAGGCCAAAGAGGAGGUGAAAAUAGCCACUAAACUUCCUAGAGACUAGAGAAUUCCAAUUGAGAAGCAUAUUUUACUUCUUAUAAUCAAUGACAUCUUAUAAUACUAAUAUGAAGAAUAAUUUUACUCUGAUUUGAACUUACCUAUGAAUUUUAUACAACUAUUACCCUAUAUGGAGGAAUUGAUGAUGUCUUUUAGAGAAUUUAUAAACUUUAUGGGUGUCAAAAUUAUCAAGAAAGACUUAACUUUGAUUCAAUAAGCUUUCCUUGACAGUCUGUAAAAAUUCACAAUGGUUAUAUUCAACAAUCAGAGAGUGCUAGAGGGGUUAAAUAGAAUACUCUCAAGUAAGUUGUAAGAGUAAACAGAACAGCAAUUGAAAGAGAUUCAAGAUGAACUAAACGUUGAGAAGGAGUAUCAUUAGUUCUACAAAACUUUGGUUGAAUUUAGAGACCAGUAAUUGAGUCUUGAUUCACAUAGACAGCCUGUGCAAGUCGUAUAGAAUUUCAAAUAAAUAAUGAAGGAAUACAAAGCUAUAAAAGUAACUGAUGAGGAUCAAUUAAGAUCAUCAUUGGAUGAGCUCCGAUAGAAACUUGAAGCAAUUAAUAGUUAAAUAAACCCUGUAGAAUUUAAACCAGAAACUCAAUAGCUUGAAUCAAAGACUUCUUAGUAUGAAGAAUUCAUAAAGAAACAAGAGGAGGAGAAAUAGCAACAGUAAACAGAGAAAGUAAAGGUAAGAGAUCUCGAAAAGGUAAGAGAAAAAGGUCUCUAAGAAAUAUUCAAGUUUUACGCGAUUUAAAGUGUGUAGCUAUCCAAGUGCCCAACUUUUGACUCUCAGUAGCAGGACUAAAAUCGAUUGAACAUGCAAUACUUCCUUAAAUUCUGUUCAGAUUUCUAACUGCCUUAUGACAAGAACCUAUGGACUGAUAUAUUUAAGAAAAAGGUCUUCAGAAGUGACUUGAUACUAGACUACCCUAAGUUCAAGGAGUGUAUCACUGAAAUAUUCAGAAUUAAUCAUGAGAAUCAAACUAAUGAAGCUAUUAAAAAGGUUAAUGAACUGAGGUAAAAAGUAAAUAAAUUCAAAGAAUAGUAGUAUCAAUAGUUUGUUGACAGUUACAAAUCUAAUGAUACUAAUAAUGAUGGCUAUCCUAUGAGUGAUAGUACUCUUGAUUAGAAUGUUGAUCUGUUAUUAGAGUAAGAAUCUAAAAGUCUAGAGGAUUAAGAAUAAUUUUUGGAAAAGCUAAACAAAUCAUCAAAUUACCUUGAACUUGCCCAUGUCCACAUGAGUACUGAUAAUCAGAAGGUCUAUAAAAAUACAAUGAAGGGAUAUUUCAAGCCUUUCUGGAUAAGGGAGAAGAAACCAAAUGAGCAAUCCUUCUUAGAUUAAUCUUAUACUGGACAUACAAAUAAUAACAUUAACAACGAUUAGAGUCCUAAAAUUUAAGUAAACUCUUAGAAUUCUGCUAUUAUUAGUAGAAAUAACAAGCACAAAUAUUCAAAUUCACUUGCAGAUGACAAUAUGUAUCUUAAAAAUGAUGAUGGUCAAACAUUAAAUGCCAAUACCAUAAAGAAAGAAACAGCUGGUACUAAAUCAUAAUAAUUAAAGAAUAAAGUAAUUGAGGAAACUAAAAUGAGAGAGUAGCUUAAAGAAGCAACGAUCAAGAAGAUUAGAGAGAAAAAAUUUGGAAUACUGGCAACUAAGGGUGACAGUAUUUUUAAUCUUGAAAAACUCAGAAAUCUUAAAGAUCCACAUUCCCUUUUCAAAGGUGAUAAAACUAUUGAGAGUAUUGAAGCAAUGAUUGGAAUUGAUCUUAGUCCAAGUAAUAAGGAUGGAUCACAAGGUGGGUAUGAUUUCACCUUUAAGAGUUAGGAGAGUACUUAAUUUCCAAUACAAUAAACAAAUGCUUAAAUUCAGACCUAUCUUGGGCAAAGACCAAAUAAGUAAGAACAACCUAAAGCUAAUCUUCCAGUUUAAACUAUUUAGAAUAAGGGAAAUUUACUGAAAUCCUUGUCAAAAAGUUAGUCUAGAUAGUAAGUAGGCAUCUCUCCAACCAGAAAUAAUCCAUACAUCUAGAAAACGACUGUUCCCAAAUAGGAGGAGUAUGCUGGAAAUUCUAUGAAUAUUGCAUCUUCUAUUGAUUUGAAGUCUAAAGAUUACUAUACAAAAAUGAUUAAUAGAGCCAAAGAAAUUGACAACCUUCAUUAAAACAAAGAGAAAAUUAGACAAUAAAAUAUCAACAAUAUACAUAUGAAAAGACUUUCAGUAAAUAGACAAGUUAUAGAUGGAUAUUAGCCAAAUAAUCUGAGCAAGAGUAUUGACAUCAGUCUCAUCAGUAACAAUAAGUUACAGGAUUAGCAAUAGUUGAAGAAUGAUGGCAAGUCUAACAAGAAUAUUGAGAACAAGAAAGCACUAAAUAAACUAAACAAUAUCAAUAAUAGCAUGAUAAAAUUAUGA